AUAUAUACAUAAUAUAAUCCUUUGUCCGUCAACGACAAGUCGGACUUUUCAGAGCAGAAGUGGUUGGCAUCAAGAGUCCUAAGGAAAGAAGUUGCGUGCGUCACGUUGUCUACAGUCUCAAAGAGUUAUUAACCGCCAUACUCAGUAAUUUUUAUCAAUAUUACAACUACACUAACCAUUUUCGUUCUUCUGAACGUGUAUCAGAAACUCUAAUUACGUCAGUAGUGCAUCACCGACAAUGUCAAACAUAAAGAUUCUCUUCGUGAUCACGUGUUGUAUCCUGGCAGUUUCUGCAUUGAAUACCGAUUGCACAUAUGGCCCAAGUACUGGCUACGUGGACGAUCUACUUCGCAAAUGUCCCAGAUUCACAGAAUCUUCAGACAAGACAUUCUGCUGUAUGGACCCUAAAACAACAAAUACUUAUUGUUGCACCGCCGAGGAAUUUGCUACGACCGUAGCAAUUGGAUUCAUACUACCUGCAGUUAUAGCAGUGGUCGUGAUAGUCUCACUGAUAGUAUUAUGCAUUUCUUGUCUGUGCUGCAGCUGUUGUCCAUGGUACCGUAGACGUCACAGAGGAACCGUUUACGGCCACGUACACACGACACCAGUGAUUCACGUUAUACAGACUCCUGCGAACAGCACCUCGCAUACUGGACAUUCAGUCACGAAUCCUCAGUACAAUGUCUAUCCUAACGGAAAUGUCGCUAUGACAGGUACCACGCAGCCACCAGAACCCCAACAGUAUACCACUGAAGCAUAUAAUAAACAGGCGCCAUACAAUCCUAACUAUAGGCAGUGAAUAAAAUGGAAAAUCUAGAAAGUAGUCAAUAACAAAUAUUAAUCUCUUCGUCAGUUGUUUUUUGUUACUUUACAUAUUUUUUAAACGAUUCUUGCCAUUUUUUGUAUUCUUCGUGAUUUUUUCUAAACUUUAUAAUAUUUCCAUAAUGAAAAUUUCUCAUUUUUGUUAUCGUUUUUAUAUAAGUCAGAUAAAGACUGACAGUUAAAUAGGUUUUUCAAUUCUCACGAGAUCCAGAUUAUCGGCGGUAGUGCUCAAAGAAGGAGAAAUAAGAAACGGUUUGCAAAACUCAAUGUACUUUUGUAGAACCUAUUGAAUAAAGAAACUAUUCUUGGAUAAGUA